AUGGUGCAGAGAAUAAGAUUCAAUAUAACUGGCAACAAAUAUACGCACCAAAUUCCUCCAUGGACGGAGUAUGAUAUUGGGCACAAACAAAAGCCAGGGCGGGUAUUUGGUGGUACCCUGUUCGAAGCGAGCCUCAGUUACAUCGCCAAAUAUCUCACUGUGAGAAAUCUUCAGGUUACAUUCGAGACUUUCAGACAUAGAAGACUCAGAUGCAUGCGAGCAGCCUUUAACCGAGACGCGGAAACCAUGAUGGAGAGAAACAUGGUGGACGAGGAAUGGCUCAUCGGUCAUGAGGAGGCAAAAGACUGUGUUUAUAUGGAUCUUGAAUGGGGUAAAGUAGUGCUUGCACUAAGAGACACGUUCACGUCGCCGUCUCCUCUAAGAAAGGCGAUCUGCAAUAUUCCAAGCCUCAAGGUUUUGGAAUGGGGAACCCUGCCACAGGACAUUGAAGACACGAUCCACCGCUUGCGCGUCGAAUGGGGGAAUUAUGUUCCUCAUUGUGAUCUUGAUCUGGGCAAGGUGCAUGAGCUUUUACCUCUACUUGGAGUUGCAGCCGACGAGCUUGUGGCGCAGAUAAGAGCGAGGCAGAAAGGAUCCGAAUACUUGUCACAGCUUAGCAAGAUGUUAGAAUCUCCGAAUACUUGCGAGUAA